AUGGAACUUGAUAAAAUUCUUUCUGCAGAGAAUGGUUCAACACUUAAUAUUCCUUUAGAGGACUUUAAGGACUCUAAAAAGCAACCUUCUAAUGCAAUUUAUUGCCAAGAUCAGAAUGAAUCAUCUAAAUCUAAAACUGUUUGUAAGUUAUUCGGUGAAGAUUAUGGACAUUUAUUUCCAAGAACUUUUACUUUAGGUGGAGUUUUGUCAAAAAUAUAUAUAUAUCAAAUAAUCACCCUCUUAACAUCUAAACACAACGAUUGA